AUGCUUGGGGAGUUGCCCUCGAACUUCGUUGCCGAAGAGUACAUCGACCAAGUUCAAGCUUUGAGGCAUGCAGACGUUUUCGUCACGCAUGGGGGCUGCAACAGUAUCAAAGAGGCCGCCGUGCUGGGAGUUCCCAUGGUCGUGGUGCCUUUUUGUGUGGACCAGCCCUCGAACGGAUUUGCCAUCGAGAGGGCCGGAGCUGGCAAAUGUUUCCCGGAUCCUUUGGCCACACCGCGAGGAGCGAUCGGAGACGCGGUGAUGGCAGCGUUGGGGAGCGAGGCGGAGGAGCAGCGCCGGUGCUGCCGCUUACUCGGCGAGGCCCUGCGGAAGGCGGGCGGCGCCCCGGCCGCUGCCAAGGCAUGCUUAAACCUUCUUCGUCCCGCGUCAGCCGACAUGCUCGACUUGGCGCAGGACGUGACCGACACCUCUCGCUUAGGCUGCCAGGUAAUCCUGGACAAAGAGCGUGAUGAUGGACUGAGAGUUCGUAUUCCUGCAGGCAUCGUCAACCUCCUGAAGUAG